AUGGGGAACAGCCGUCGCCAGUCGGCGCUGACCAAGUCCAUCCAGGCUGGGUUACUACGCGACCCUGAUCGCUUCAAGAAAACAGCCUGGGGACAUUUCAUUGCAUUUUUCACACUCUACCGAAUCAAACUCAUUCGAUUCGAAGAAGACCUUUUGCGAAACUUCGGCGAGAAAUUUGGCACUUCAACGAAAAUGACUACCAGGCCAGCUUCCGCACAACGAACAUUCUUCGGUACUCUGGACGGUCACUAUGUGAUCAAAAGCCUUCCACGUCACUUCGAGUACACCUUCUUCCAGACCGAUCUCCUCGAGCCAUACUAUGACUAUAUGCGCGACCAUCCAGAUGCCGUGCUUGUUUGGAUAACAGACUACCUCAUCUCUCCAUAUGUGACGCUCGGUACUAUCUUUGGCUGCACCCCUGCGCAUCACAUCAUCAUGGAAAACAUCCUCUGUGGGAAGGCCGACGAUCCUGUGGGCGAACAAUGGGAGACCUACGAUCUCAAACCAAUCGAUUAUUUCUAUCCAGAGCGCGACUUGCUACCCGCACCUCUGGUCAGUGAGGCUACCUUGAGCAAACUAGCGGAUACAUUCAAUGAUAAGCUACAUCUGUGGAGGAAGGACUACGAAAAGUUUAUACAGGCUAUGAAGGAGGACACAAAGUUUCUGAAGGAUGCAAAUGCAGUUGACUACUCCCUAUUCAUGGUGCGGAUACCAGCGAGCUCAAGUCCAGAGGUGCUCGGGAGAAAAAGUCCUUGGCGAGUGGGCUUGCCCUCAGCAGAUGGCAGAUGGAAAUACCGAGCUGUGAUACUGGAUUUCUUCUGGGCUAAACAUAAGUUACAUGCUCAGGCCUUGUCAGGCGUGGUCCAGACCUUCAAUGUUAUCGGCCGGAAAGGGCACAUGUCUAUUACAACCACAGCGACUGAUUAUCGGGAGAAAUUCUUGGCAAUGGUGCAGGAAAUGAUUGAAAUUCACUGA